GUAGUAGUAGUAGAGAGAGAGUGGUCCCCGAACAUGUAAAGCAGCUUAUCAUCUUCACCACACAAGUCCCCAUAAUACAAAGACAAGAGCCAAUGGCAGUGUGCUCGAUCUUUUCACUACUUUCACCAAUAUCUCCAUUGCCCAUCAAAGGUGGAACUUAAUUGUGUGUCAUCGACUACUGUGAACCAUCUUCAUUCGAUUUCGGAGCCUAAAUUAGGUCAUAAAUCAAACCCAAAAACACCAUGAAAGGAAACAAGAAGCCUUAUCUAGUUGCGAUCCUCAUAGAAGCCAUCUAUGCUGGCAUGUUUCUUCUCUCAAAAGCUGCAUUUGACCAUGGCAUGAACAAUUUCAUCUUUGUCUUCUAUAGACAAACCGCAGCCACCUUAUUCCUUAUUCCUUUCGCUUUCUUCUUUGAAUGGAAAACUGCACCCCCUUUGUCCUUCGUGACCUUCUGCAAGAUCUUCUUCCUUUCUUUCCUGGGGAUUACUGCGAGCUUGGACAUAUAUGGUAUUGGUCUUAUUUACACUUCUGCUACUUUAGCUGCUGCUACCACAAAUUGCCUUCCAGUCAUCACCUUCUUCUUGGCGCUCAUACUCAGGAUAGAAGAUUUGAAAGUAAAGAGUGCCCGCGGGGUUGCUAAGUUGGUUGGUGUAGUGGCAUGCUUCACUGGAUCAGCAAUCCUUGCUUUCUUUAAAGGUCCUCAUUUGGAACUUUUAAGCCAUUAUCACCUUUUAGGGUACCAUAAAAACCAACAACAUCUGGGUCGUGUUGCAUCUGGGUCAUGGAUAAAGGGUUGCUUCCUCUUGCUCCUCUCCAACACCUUUUGGGGAAUGUGGCUUGUGCUACAGACUUAUGUCAUAAAAGAGUAUCCUUCAAAGCUGCUCCUCACGACUCUUCAGUGUUUCUUAAGCUCGAUUCAGUCUUUGAGCAUUGCCUUGGCCGUAGAAAGAGAUAUUGACCAAUGGAAGUUGGGGUGGAACGUCAGACUCCUCGCCGUAGCGUAUUGUGGAAUUAUGGUGACCGGCGUAACAUAUUACUUACAAACAUGGGUUAUAGAGAAGAAAGGACCGGUGUUUCUAGCCAUGGCAACACCACUGGCUUUGAUCAUGACCAUCUUCUCCUCCGCAAUUCUCUUGGGCGAGAUCAUAACUUUGGGAAGCCUUUUAGGCGGCAUCACUUUGGUCAUUGGACUGUACUGCGUGCUGUGGGGAAAGAGCAGAGAGCAAAUGCCAAAAGCCUCGUUAGACUUGGAGGAGGCAUCAUCGGGUUAGAGUGGAGUGAUUCACAAAUCACAAUUGUCAUGACACGUGAUAUAUAUGUUAAUAAUAGAUGAAUAACAGUAUGUAGUUUGAAAUAGUGCCGAAAACAUGUUAAUAAUGUAUUAAGCCUGUGGAGAUGUUCCAAAAUCUAAUUAAAGGCAGAAUCUCCGACGACAACCUCUUCUUGACAGAAACACGGGUCAAUGCCAAUUAUGUCUUUCCGAUAAUAUUAGGUAUGUAAUGGCUUCAUAUCGUAGGAACUAGCUAGACUUUUAAAUUUUCUCUCUUUUGUAUUGGGUUGGUUAUUCAAAUAUAUGUGUUUUACAAAUCCCGCAGUUGAAAAUCAGUAUAAAAUUUGAUAAUGAUAAGGAUUGGCAGCG